AAAAAUCUUCUGACGAAGAUAACGAAGUAGCCGCGAGGAAAAGAAACAGAAGAAUUAAGGCAGCCAUAAAACUAUACGAACAAAAUGAUAAUGAUAUACAAGAAUUUGAUAAAGAUGAACUUUUACCUAUUCUAGCUCAGAACGGAUAUCAUUCUAUUGAGCAAUCUGAUUCAGAUGAUGAAUUGCAUCAAAAAUUGCCAGAUAACAAAUAA